AAUAUUUUAUUCUUUUUUUAAAUUUUACGAGAAGUGGAAUCCUCGUCCUCACGGAAAGCACGAUAUACGACUCUAAUUCAUUCAAUUCAAUCCAAGCAUCCAUCCAUUCCCGAACCCUCAAUUUUCCCAGAUAUCGUGAAUCCUUGUCACGACACCAAUUUCUCUCACAACCAACCAACAACAACAACAAAAAGUUUCCAAUUUUUCAUAUCAGUGGUGUGUUGUGUUGUGGAGCAUCACCCAUCAUCCCUUAUUCUCUCGCCAUGGGUUGUGGCUCCUCUUUUCCAGAUAGGGACGCAGGGCAGCUAGGUCGACCCAAUUCAGAGAAUGGUGGAGGACAGGAUGCUAAGAAUCUUCGUGUCAAGCUUGUCCUCUUAGGUGAUUCUGGUGUUGGUAAGAGUUGUAUCGUUCUGCGAUUUGUCCGUGGUCAGUUUGAUCCAACAUCCAAGGUAACUGUUGGAGCAUCUUUCUUGUCACAAACAAUUGCUCUUCAAGACUCCACAACAGUCAAGUUUGAAAUAUGGGAUACCGCUGGUCAAGAGAGGUAUGCGGCACUUGCACCACUGUAUUAUCGUGGUGCAGCGGUGGCAGUUAUUGUCUAUGAUAUAACAAGCCCGGAAUCUUUCACCAAAGCACAGUACUGGGUUAAGGAGCUACAAAAACAUGGAAGCCCUGAUAUAGUGAUGGCAUUGGUUGGUAAUAAAGCUGAUCUUCACGAGAAGCGAGAAGUGGCUGUUCAGGAUGGCAUGGACUAUUCAGAAAAGAACGGAAUGUUUUUUAUAGAGACAUCUGCAAAGACUGCGGAUAAUAUCAAUGAACUGUUUGAGGACUUUGUUGACUAUGCUACUAGCAGGCUUCCCUGUGAUGUUCUUGCUGCAUGAAGAUAAUUGUAGCAAGCUCAUUACCUAUUGGAGGAGCUAAACAUGAUCUUGUAUAGGAAAUUGCGAAAAGACUGCCUCGCCCAGCAAUUACUUGAUGUGCACAGAAUGCAGCUCUCUAAAGGAUAUGCAUUUGCUUUUGAUCCUUUAAAAUUGUAAUGUACUAGUACGCAGUUAUGUUUAUGUAUAUGUUAAUUAGAUUGUAUCUCCGGUGAUUAUCAACACCAUGUCAUAGAUGAUAUGAAUAUUCCUUAGGCUAUGCUUUUAGACUUCAAGUAUAUGAUUUCAUUUUCAAUUUGGGAUGCCAUGUCAGACACACGAUGCUUUGUGAGAAUUUAUUGAAUUACUAAUGUGACAUAUUUUUCAUAUAUUUUAAGAAA